AUGGAUGAAUUGGCAAGUUCAUAUCACAACUAUGACGAACUCUUAAAUUAUUUGAUAGAUACUAAAAUGAUAAAGACCAUAAACGAAGAAAAAGUUUUAAGAUCUGUUGAUUGUAGAUAUUAUUUCAACAUUGAAAGAAAUCAAAACCAAUUGGAAUCAACCGGAUGGUUAAAAAUUUGGGAAAACGUAUUCUUUACUGUUAAAUCUCUAAAUAAUUUACAGCUAAGUUCUGGACACAAAUAAAAUUUGUAGCCUAGACCUUAACCUUAUUUCAGUACAUUGGCUGGUCUAUUGAUAGGUAAUAUUGAAACUUUACAAUUAUGUAUUUAAGUAUGUAAAAUCUUCAAAUUGGUUUUCUUUUUUACCAGACGAAUUAAUAUUAAAAUUCAAUCUUAUUGGAUUUUUUCUCAUUAAGUGAUAUCAUAGUUUGAUUUUAUCUAUUUAGGUAAAAAUGGUGUUAAUCAUGGAAUUGAAGUUAAUGAAAGAUUCAUAGAUUUGGCACGGGAAAAGUUAGCGGAAUUUAAUUUGAAUUCUGCUGCAAUAGAUCAUUAUGACUUUUGUGAACCAAUUUUUAUCCAUGGUAUAUUGAAUACAUGUAAAAAGAAUGUUUUAAAAAAAUAAUGUUUUUAUAAAUUAUUAAUAUAGGAAAUGCUUGUGAAUUAUUAUCAGCGGGUUACUAUGAUAGGGUUUAUUGUGAAGCUCUUGUACCACAUGACAAAUUGGAAUUUAUGAAAUCUCUUAUUAAGGUUUUUAUUUUCUAUUAAGUACAUUAAAAAAAAAAAAAAAACAUAUAUAAAAUUAUUUUGCCUAUUUUUAGAUUAAUGGAAUAUUAGUUAUGCCAUUCGAUGGGUUUCUGUGGAAAUUAAUUAGACAAAAUGAGUAUCAGUACAAUGUUGAAAGAAUAAAUGAUUUAUUUACAGAUGCAUUUUCAGAUCUCAUAGUACGUGAACCUUGUUGUUUAACAACCGUGACUUUUCGUAAGUUGAAAAUUAAAAUGUUUUAAAUUUUGAUUUUAUUUAAAAAUUUUACUAUUUUGCAGCUCCUGUUAAACCGUUAACUUUGCAAGAGUUGUGUAGAAAUACAAUUCGUUCAUCAAUACGCCAAAACUUGCAAAAAGAAAGGCCUGAAUUGGAAAUACGCACUAAGUGCAUCAAUUUAAAUAGUGAACAACAACUAGUUUGUGAAGAAGAUAAAGCUAAAAUAAAGUCUGCUUUUGAUGUAAAUUUCAUUGUAGAUUAUAUAUCAUUAUUAAGAAUAAUGCAAGGAAUUAACAUUCACUCUACUGCUGGUACAUCACGCAUUUAUACACGCGCUUUUGGUUGUUUAGUGGAAAAAAAUGGUAUGAUUAAAUUAUUGGUGUUAAAUAAUAAUUAUAGUACUAGCUGAGUAUCUUUUAUACUUUGAUUGUUUGGCAAUUUAGAUAAAAGUGGAAAUGACACCGAAGCUAAGAAAGAAAAUGAUAGUGGAGCUCCCCAUGACACAACAACUUAUCAUUUCAUAAAAGACUACAGAGUCAACAAGUUAAGUAGAUGUUUAAAAGAAAAAAUAUACUCGUUAUCAUUACCGACUCAGCUGAAAGAUUUCCUGAACUACAACCGGAUCGAUUAA